AUGGCGGGUUACCCCCUCCAGACGUACACCGUGGUGACUGAGGACGGCUACGUGCUGCGCAUGGAGCGCAUCCCAAGGCCGGGGGCGCACGACGUGGCGCUUUUCAUGCAUGGUGUCCUGGACACCUCCCUGACCUGGGUGUCCUCCGGCGUCACGGGCAGCCAGGCCUUUGCCGCCUGGGACCAGGGCUUUGACGUGUGGCUGGGCUCGUCGCGCAGCAACCCGCCACGUGUGGCAACAAACCCGGCCCACCAGGGCAUGGCCUACUGGAAGUACACACUCAACGAGCUGGGCAUAUACGACGUGGCGGCACAGGUCGACAGGCUGCACGAGGUCAAGAUGCAGGAGCUGGGGGGCCGCGACCCACGCCUGGACCUGCGAUACGCGGGAGACUCCGCCGGCUGGACCAGCGGCGAGCCCUCGGCGCCCGCCGCCGCGCCUGCUGUCAGGGGCGCCGCCGCAGCCGCCGCGGCUGACGCCGGCGCGGGCGAGCCGCUGUUCGGCGGGGAGGGCGUCAGUGGCGGUGGCGGCGGCGGCGGCGCCGCUGGCGGCGUGGUCGCGGCGGCCACGCUCGCGGGGCGCCUGCCGCGGCUGCGAAUGCAGAGGUCGGUGAGCGACCAGCAGCUGCUGCUGCAGGCAGCACAGGGGCGGCCGCCGGCGGCGUCGCCGGGGCCCAGGGUGGCGGCAGCGCCACGCGCGUUGGCUGGCAUGUCGGCACACGUGGCAAGGGCUGCGUCGGCGUCGGAGCAUGGCGGCGCAGGCGCCGCCGCAGGUGCCGCCGCCGGCCUCGGCGCGUGGCUGCGCCGCGCAGCCCCGCGCUGGUCGUCGGGCGGCGAUGGCGGCGACGACGCUGCUAGCAGCGUCAGCGGCGAGAGCGACGGCGGCCGCGGCGGCGGGAGCGUCGAAUCGCAGGAUGAAGGAGAAACCUCUGCAGUCGGCUCGCGCGCGCUGAGCGCUGCGGCGCAGUCCGCCAGCGCGCUGGCGGAGCGCGUGGUCCAGGGCGCUGUGGCGCUGGGCAGCAGCAUAAGCAGCGGCAUCGCUGGCGGCCUCGCGCGCGCGCUGCCGUCCCAGGGUCCGCCGCCCCCCAAGGCGGCGCUCUGGCCGCUGGCUGGCGACACCCCCCCAGAGUCGCCGCGGAGCAACGGCGGCAACAGCGGCGGCGGCAGCGGCGGCGGCAGCGGCGCCGCGGCGCGUGGCGGCCGGCCUGAGGGCGGCAGGCUCGACACCGGCGGCGCCGCCGCGUCCCCGCCGCUCGCGCCGGUGGGGGGCGCGUCGAUGCGCCGCGCGCACAGCAGCCAGGCCAUGUUCAGCCUCGCGCGCGCCCCCGCGGCCGCCUCGCCGCCCGGCCUCCGGGGCGCUGGUGGCUGUCAUGGGUCCCCUAGCAGCGCGUCCAGCCUGGCCGCCGCCGAGCAGCAGCCGCCCUCGCCGGACGGCGCGCCGGUUGCGCACCCCGGGGCGUUCCAGCCGCCUGCGCACGCGCUCAGCGCCCCGGCGGGCGGCCGCGCUGCGGGCGGCGCGGGGGCGGGGGCGGGGUCUGCGGCGGCGUCUCCUGCCGCCGACCCCUACAACCUGCGGGUGGUGGCCCAUAGCCUGGGUGGCGCCAGCAUGCUGAUCUACCUGGUGAUGCGGCUGCGCAGCGGGCGGCCCCACCACGUGAAGAGGCUGGUGCUGCUCACGCCCGCGGGGUUCCACGAAAUCGUGCCGUGGGUGUUCCAGCCGGUCAUCCGCGCCAUACCAGUAGCCAUGGCCCUCAUGCGGCUGCUGUUCGGGGGCGCCGCAGGUGAGGGCACGCGUUAG